AUGGCAGACAAUAGCAACGCCAGCACGUCUCGAAAGAGCGCCGAGGACGUGACGCAAGGUGAGGGGAACAACACCAUCCCAGACCAUCUUGCCGACUAUAAUCUCAACCGGCCCAUCCAACCUGUCACGGGCAUGAGGCAGGGCCUGCCCAACUAUGGAGAUCCUCACUUCGCACUUUUCUUGAGGAAAGUCUUCAUCAAGGCUCUUGGGUACAGUGAAGAUGCACUGUCGCGGCCUGUCGUGGGCAUCAUCAACACCUAUUCCGCGUUCAACCCCUGCCAUGCAAACGUGCCUCAGCUCAUCGAGGCGGCCAAGAGGGGCGUCCAAUUAAGUGGAGGGCUGGCUCUGGAGUUUCCCACCAUCUCUAUUCAUGAAAGCUUCUCGACACCCACAAGUAUGUUUCUGAGAAACUUGAUGAGCAUGGAUACAGAGGAGAUGAUCAAGGCCCAGCCCGUCGAUGCGUGUAUUGUUAUAGGAGGAUGUGACAAGACGGUCCCAGCCCAGAUCAUGGGAGGGAUCUCGUCCGGUAAACCGGUUCUGCCCCUGAUAACAGGUCCAAUGUUAGCUGGCAGCUUCAGGGGACAGCGCAUCGGCGCCUGUACGGACUGCAGGAACAACUGGGCGGCCUACCGUGGGAGCGAGAUCAACAUCGAGGAGAUCUCAGAGCUGAACGAGGAGCUCGCACCCAGCGCAGGGACCUGUGGCGUGAUGGGCACCGCAUCGACGAUGGCGUGUGUCACGGCCGGACUGGGGCUGCUCGACCCAAAGGGAGCCGCAACCGCGGCGGCCGUCUCGAGCGCCCGCCUACGCGUCGCCGAGGAGACGGGCAAGAACGCCGUGGCGGCCGCGACAUCCGUCAACGACGGCUCCGCCAGGCCCCUGACCCUCACCAACAUCCUGAGCGAGGCGUCCUUCCACAACGCCAUCACGGUCCUGCAAGCCAUCGGCGGGUCGACAAACGGGAUAGUCCACCUCCUCGCCAUCGCCAAGCGGCACCCGGACGUCGCGGGCAAGAUCACCCUCCAGACGAUCGACGACAUCGGCCGCAGGACGCCGCUGCUCGUCGACCUCAAGCCGAGCGGCGACAACUACAUGACCGACCUCCACAACGCAGGCGGCGUGCUGGCCCUGCUGCACACCCUGCGCCCGCUGCUCAGGCUCGAGGCGCUGACGGUCACGGGGAAGUCGCUGGGCGAGCUGCUCGACUCGACGCCGUUCAGGCCCUUCCCCUUCUCACGGCAGAUCGUGCGGCCGCUCGACAACCCCCUGCACCCGGCGUCGUCGCUCUGCGUGCUGCGCGGGAACCUCGCCCCGAACGGCGCGGUCAUCAAGGCCAGCGCCAGCAAGUACCGGCACCUGCUCUCCCACCGCGGGCGGGCCGUGGUGUUCGCCGGCCCCGCGGACCUGGCCGCGAGGAUCGACGACCCGGACCUGGACGUCGACGGGGACAGCGUGCUCGUGCUGCAGGGGAUCGGCCCCAUCGGCUUCCUGAACCCGGGGAUGCCCGAGGCUGGGCUGGUGCCCAUCCCGCGGAAGCUUGGCGAGAAGGGCGUUAAGGAUAUGUUGCGUCUGAGUGAUGGUCGCAUGUCUGGGACUGCUAGCGGGAGCAUAGUGCUGCACAUCUCGCCGGAGGCUGCGCUGCCAGAAAGUGUGCUCGGUAUUGUGAGGAAUGGGGAUUUUAUCAAUUGUGAUGUUGAGAAUAGGAGGCUGGAGGUGGAGUUGAGUGACGAAGAGAUACAAGCUAGGAUAGCAGAUAGGAGGGAGAGACUGGAAGGGAGCAAAGAGAGUCGGGGCCCGGCCGAUGUGAGGAGGAAGCCAGCCAGAGGCUACAGAGGGCUGUACGAGCGUCAUGUGAACCAAGCUGAGGAGGGCGUGGACUUUGACUUUCUUACGGUUGACGGAGCGGAGUGUAAUUUCUAA